GCUCACAAAAUAUCAAAACAUUUAGCAAGAUUGUGCAAGAAUCAGCGGAUAGCACUGCCAUGGAACAUGGGACCACGCCGUCUCCAUCAAUUUUGAGGCUCAGCCACAAUGCCUCUGAUGGGGAUUCGAAAUGCGCUUCAGCGCCCUGCCUUGUCGUACCCGUGCGGCAGAAAUCGCUGGGCGCGUUUAUGCACCUACAGAGUGAGAGCCGAAGGGAAAUCGGUUCUGCGGUCACGCCAGGCAUCAGCUACGCGGCGGCCGUCGAGAAUGUCGUUGCGGCCCAACAAAUGGCAAACAUCAAAAUGGCCAUACCGCCACGUGUCAAGAAGCAGCAGAAGCCGGCAAAGGCCAACAGAAGGGCGGCAAUCGAUUCAAACUUUACGAUAUUCGACGAGGAGCCCAAGCCGCAUCUUGUCAUGCUAUAUAACAAGGAGACACCACACGUGGCUAAAAAGAAACCAAUUGCUGAGAGAAAAACUGUCCAAGAGGUGCAGCAGAAAAAGAGUCAAAAGAAACAGAUCGCGAAAGUAGUACCGAAGCUGCUCAAAAAGCCCGAGCUGUUUUUUCAGCCAAAGCCGCCAAAGAAUGUACCGCAGGAUAAACCUGAGGAGUCACAGAAUGACUCUCAGAAUGAGUCCCAUGAGUCCCUGAGUGAAGAAACCGACUUUAGUGGCAUGGAACUGGAAUUAUACCGCGCUCGCUUCCAGAGCACCGAAUCUGAAGCUUCAUUCGAUUCCUUGCCAGCGCCAAUGGAUCUGCCUGGGGCUAAUGGGCAGGCAAAUUCUACUCCGGAGUUCACCGAUUGCGAAAGUUAUCUCAGCUAUCAUCUGCACAGAUUGCAGCAAAUUUUGGCCACUCAGUGCUCAGAUCCUUUCUGGAAUAAGCUGCCUCUGUCCCGAAAGCCAAUUAAAAAAGAACCCUUGAACUUCCAGAUGAACGAGAAGCAGUAUCAACGGCUGGACUUGGAGGCAGAUGCCAUUUUGACGCAGACUAGGGCCAUGCAUCGGAUGUGGUUGUGUGGUAAUAUACCGAUUUAGAAACCAAAGUCAAAGCCCACUAAACCACGGUUUAGUGAGCCUCAAAAACAAUAGCAGACCUGCCAACCGGCUUGCAAGGAGUAAUACUGUAAAUAGCUCUGGUCUUACAAUUCAGUAUU